ACGAAAAAGAGUGUCAAGUCGGCACUUCAAAAUGGCUGCCAGUUACUUAGUAAUUUACGGCUGUAUCUUUCUUUGUUGUCGCUCGUGCAAUCGUGACCGGGAAUCUGCAAUUGAAUUAUUUGAAAUAAUUGAAAAAUAGUGAUUUUAUAAUUUAGUGAAAAUCUCUUUGCGAAAGUGGGAACUUGAUAAAAAAGUAAGAAGGUAAUAUGUUCGCGAUCCAUACACUGGCAUCACCGUUGCUUUCUUGGAUCAAGAAAUUCCUCGACGUUGAGUCCAGCUGCACCCUCAAGAAUUUAUUGGAUUAUCAAAGAUUAUAAUUAUUGAUGGAUGAAAAGUAAUUUUAUACAUCUGUCAUAAAAUCAAGGUUAGAAUUUAGUAUAUGUUGCCUCGAAAAUUUGCACAAGGUUGCAGAAAAGUGUCUCUUGGAUUUUGUGUGUGCUCAAAAAGCUGUUGUUUUUCCCCACUUUUUUCUUUUUUAAUCGCAAUUUCAUUGGAAAAACAAUGUUCAAUAUAAAAAUUAAUUAAUUGAAUAAAAAAGAAGUAUUGCGUGAAAUUAUGUUUAUGUGUCUUGGAAAUUGCAGUUUCUUCGGUCCAGAAUGUCACCACUUUUGUGUCGUGUCAGUGACUUUUAAAUUAUUUUCCACUGAUUGUGCCUUUGACGAUUUUAUCAACCUUGUGGGAUAUAUGUUUUGAAAACUAUCAUUUCAAAAUUUGGAAAAUAAAACAAUUAUUUCAAUAAUGCACUGAUAGUGGAAACAUUGUUCGUCGUAAAAUUCCGAAGAUUUGAUUUAUGUCGCAGGUGGAUUGGAGCUAGGUCCCAGUGGGCCUAGCAUGGGCCACUAUGAAUCCGCCCGUGGUCAGCAAGUCGAGCACUCGUGGCUCAGGAUACCAUCAAAAGGCAUUAGCUGAGAUUCGUAAUUCCCUGUUGCCUUUUGCAAAUAUUGGUGGAACCGGUGAAGUUGGCUCAAGUGCUGCAAGUACAAUUUCCACUCUUUCAACAACAAGCGGAGUUAGUUCUGCGUCAGGUCUCAGUGGAAUUUCCGGUGCAUCUGGUUCGGCUGUUGAUAAAUCCGAUCAACGUCAAGCCUUAGCUCAACUUUUAGCCAUGGGCUACUCGGAGGAUAUUGGUAUGCGCGCGCUGAAAAUAGCUGGUUGGCGUCUUGAUUCAGCCAUUGAAUUACUGAAACAAACCCAGGGCGAGUCAAUGAAUGGCCUCGGCAAACUAAAUACAAAACUAAUCAGAAAACCAAGUCUCGAACGUGAAUUGAGCCUACAACGUGGAAGUCCAGCUCUCGAUAGCGGUGCAGGAAGUUCAAGGUCCGAUAGUCCUCGUCUCGCCGAAUUGAGUCCACAUCCACAAUUGAGUCGGCAAUAUUCACCCAGUAGUUUUGUCGAGAGAGAACCGCCGCCACCACCGCCUCCAAGAUGUAGUUCAACACCGCCACCUCCACCACCGCCUCAUGCCCCCUAUAGCCAGCCCAAUGUCCCCACAAAUAUGCAACAAAUGCUCAAGCGAAUGUCCCCCGCACCCGUUGUACCAAGUCGGCCACCGCCCGCAACACCCGGUAGUUCCGGUUCAAAUUCAACUUCCGUCAAUCCUCCCCAAAGAGGAACAAGUCCCGUCGCCAGUUCAAAUGUCACAUCCAACGGCCGACAACCAAUGAUCGUUCAAAAUGGCCCCCAAGUUCAACAGCAACUCACACAACAAAUUCAAGCCCUCAGUAUUUAUCAAUCGAGUAACAGUAACUCAAGCACCCAAGUUGAACCCCCACCGCCAUAUCCAAUAGUUCCAUCCUCAUCAUCAUCUGGCUCAGUGCAACCGCCCUCCUACAGUGCCUCAAUGCAAAAUCGACAGAGUCCCACUCAAUCGCAACAGGAUUAUCGAAAAAGUCCCUCAUCGGGCAUUUACUCAGGACCAACGUCAGCCGGAUCACCAAGUCCAAUCACCGUAUCGACUGUCUCGCCCACAACACAAAAUUCAAUGGCCCGACCAACACCCCUUCAAGCCUGGGGCGCAAGGCAAGCAAAAACCCAACCGCCAAUAAUUAUGCAAUCGGUGAAAAGUACCCAAGUACAAAAACCCGUUCUACAAACAGCAAUUGCCCCCACAUCACCUCAACCAAUAUCAACCAGCAGUACACCACCUCCGCCUCCUUCGUACGCCUCUUCAAUUCAACAAAAACAACAACAACAACAACAACAGCAACCACCCGCCUAUCCGCCAAUUAUCAACGGAAACGCAUCAAAUUCAAUUUGCGUUCCCACCACAGAGCCACCAAGUUACGCAACGACAAUGCAAGCCCUUGCCGCCCAACGUGGCAUUCAUCAUCCCCUACCACCGCCUCCCUAUGGAAUACCAAAUGACGAUUCAAACAACGGUGGAAUCACCGAAAGUGUCACCGCACCACGUUCAUCGCCCGUCGCUACAAAUCAUCAUCCACCACUUCAACGUAAAUAUUCACCCGCCGAACAUCCUGAAACACCACCUUUACCGCCCACAGCAUCAACGUCCGUCACAACACGUAACAAUAAUCAUCAAGGCGCCGAACCAAAAACCAACAAUUCAUAUAAAAUUAAACAUCAAUCGCCAAUACCCGAACGCAAACACAUGAGUAAAGAAAAAGAAGAAGAACGUCGCGAUUGUAAAGUACGCAAUUAUUCACCUCAGGCAUUUAAAUUUUUCAUGGAGCAACAUGUUGAAAAUGUUCUUAAAUCACAUAAACAACGUCUUUAUCGUCGUUUACAACUUGAAACAGAAAUGGCAAAAAUUGGCCUAAGCGCCGAGGCACAAUGUCAAAUGCGUAAAAUGCUCUCGCAAAAAGAAUCAAAUUAUAUUCGUUUGAAACGUGCAAAAAUGGAUAAAUCAAUGUUCACAAAAAUUAAACCAAUUGGUGUUGGUGCAUUUGGUGAAGUGACACUUGUCAGAAAAUUAGAUACAAAUCAAUUUUAUGCUAUGAAAACAUUACGUAAAGCAGAUGUAUUAAAUCGUAAUCAAGUUGCGCAUGUUAAAGCUGAACGUGAUAUAUUGGCCGAGGCUGAUAAUGAAUGGGUUGUUAAACUUUAUUAUUCAUUUCAGGAUAAGGAUAAUCUUUAUUUUGUUAUGGAUUAUAUACCGGGAGGUGAUUUAAUGUCAUUGUUAAUUAAAUUUGGUAUAUUUAAAGAAUCAUUGGCAAGGUUUUAUAUUGCCGAAUUAACAUGUGCUGUUGAAAGCGUACAUAAAAUGGGCUUCAUUCAUCGUGACAUUAAACCUGAUAAUAUACUUAUUGAUCGCGAUGGACAUAUUAAAUUGACCGAUUUUGGUUUGUGCACGGGUUUUCGUUGGACGCAUAAUUCAAAAUAUUAUCAACAAAAUGGACAUGGCAAGCAGGAUUCAAUGGACCCGGCGGAAGAUUGGAAUAAUGAAUGUCGAUGCAUUCAAUCGAAACCACUUGAAAGAAGAAGACACAGGGAACAUCAACGAUGUUUGGCACAUUCUUUGGUUGGUACACCAAAUUACAUUGCACCUGAGGUUUUACAACGUACUGGUUAUACACAAUUGUGCGAUUGGUGGAGUGUGGGUGUUAUUUUAUACGAAAUGUUGGUUGGUUCACCGCCUUUUUUGGCCAAUACACCUGCCGAAACACAGUAUAAGGUAAUCAAUUGGGAGACGACGCUACAUAUUCCAAAACAAGCGAAUUUAUCACCUGAAGGUAUGGAUUUAAUUUUAAAACUUUGCGUUGGCGCCGAUCGUCGAUUGGGUAAAAAUGCCGACGAAGUAAAAAGUCAUCCAUUCUUUUCGAGUAUUGAUUUUGAGAAAGGAUUGCGACGUCAAGUUGCGCCACAUAUACCACGAAUACAAUAUCCAACUGAUACAAGUAAUUUUGAUCCUGUUGAUCCUGAGAAAUUACGUAAUUCCGAAUCAUCUGAAUCAAAUCAAUCCGAUGAACAUUUGGAUAAUGGAAAGCCGUUUCAUGGAUUUUUCGAAUUUACAUUUAGACGAUUUUUUGAUGAUGGCGGAGGUCCUGCAUAUCCAAGUCGAAUUAGCUUGGACGACAAUGAUAAUCAGGGUCCUGUUUAUGUAUGACAUUAGGAUUUUAAGCGAAAUCACGUAAGCGACUCUUAUUUAUUUUUUUCUCUCUAUCUUUUGAUAGAAAAUUUUUCUAAAUUUUUAUUUGUUUUGAGAAUAUUUAAUUAAUUUUUUUAAAAAUUAUUCUCACCAGUGAUUAUUGAGUAAUUUUUUUUUAAAUUUAGUUCCUAAUUCCAUUUGUCACUGAAUUAUUAUUAGUAAAAAAAAAAAUUUGUUUUCUUUUUAACAAAUUUGACGUUGAGUAUCUUGCGUGUUGUUCGCUUAUGAGAAUAAUGUAGAAUUUAAAGCCGUUGACGUUUGUUGCACUUGAAAAAUGUCGGUCAAUACUAAUUGCUGAUGAUUUUUUAAAAACACGCAUUAUUAUUUGACCAACAGAAAGAAAAAUCUCUGCAUAAUUCGUAAUGCAUAAAUUUAUCUUACUAAACAAAGAAUUCACAGAAUUCUUUAGCUUUUUUUUCAUUUCGUUCCCUUUUUUAGUAUUUAAAAACAUAAAAAAAAUGUUAAUGAAAUUUCUUUUAGGGUAGAUGACGCAAAGCGCGAUAAAAAGAAAAAUUUUAGAAAAAAAAGUCCAGAAUUAGCUUUUUGUUGAUUAUUUUUGAAAAUGCUUUUUCUAUUUUUAAAAUCUAUUCUUGUAAGACGAAUUUUAGAUAAACAAUAUUUCAAAAAUAUUGUUGAAAAAAAAGAAUAUUCUCCAAAUAAGUAUAUAGAAAAUUAUUUUUCAAUAUUUGGAAAAUAUUUAUCGAAAGUAAAAAAAAAAAGGGAGGGAUUUUUCUCUACUUCCGACAUUUUUUAAUGUAAUAUGAAAAAUUGUUUGAAAAGAGAAAACUUUCAAAUUAAAAAUUUGAAAGAAAAAAGAAAAAUUUUGCAAAGGAGAGAUAAAACUGAGACGUUAAGAAAACAAUUGAUGAAAAUUUUUUUUUUUUUUUUUAAACGAAAGAAAGAAAAAAAAUAUUUUUACAGAUAAUUUUUGCUUGCCAUUUUCAUUUUUGAUCGAAUCGGCUUUUAUAACGAUUAAAAAAAUAUAUAUUUAUAUAUAUUUUUCUUCAGCAAGUACUGUGAUAUUGCAGAUAAAUAGUGUAAUGCGGCUAAUAGCCAUAUCGGUUCUAUUUAACGUUUUCUUUUAUAUAUAUAAAAAAAUAUGCCUAUUAUAUAUAAGUAAUGAAUAAUAAAUAUAAAUAUAUAAAUACUAUAUAUUGUAAAAAAAAAAAAAAAAUUUCUCUGAACGGAUAUAAUGUGUUCAUUGCUUAUAAAUAUAACAAAUGUUUAAUUUCAUAAUACUAAUUAUAACGUGCAACAUUUAUUAAUAAAAAAAAAUAUUCAAUUAAAAUGAAUAAUCGAAUAGAAUUCUGACACAAAAAAUUUUUUUUUUAUUUAUUUUUUUUUUAAUAAAAACCAAGCGUGUCAAUAAUAUUUUUAAAAAAACAUUUCGAUCAAAUGUAGGAAAUUAUUUAGUGAAAUGGCAAAGAAAAAAAAACGAAGUAAUGAAAUAAUUAAAGAAAAUUAAUUAUUUGUGUAUAAAAUUGAAAAAAAAAGAAA